AUGAAUUUUCUCGAUCCUAUCGCUAAAAAUGUUCUCCCAUCACAGAACCGAAGCUAUCAAAUAUCAAUGAAUGAUCAACAAUUCGAAGUUUUACUUCGAACAAUAGUUCACGAAACAACUGAUCAUGAGAAAAAACUUGAAACUCUGUAUCAUUCACGUGGAUUUUUAAGUGGAGAACAAGCUGGCCAUAUCGUUUCAUCAAUAACUCGACCAAAAGAUCGAAUCAAAGCAGUGAUGAUCAUGGAGCCACGUUUAAUUCCGAUGACAUGUCAACAAGCGCGACAUAUUCUUGCUGCGAUUACUAUACACAAUGACCGUCUUGAAGCACUUCAAUAUGUGAAAAGAGCUCUCAAUGAUGCAAAUACGCAAGAAGGAAAUGACUAUAUACUGAGCACUUUUCCGUUUUUUGAAGAUAAACUGAAAGCAGCUGCGAUUUUGGAUACCGUUAUCGCGCGUGAAGGAAUUCGAGUAGCUGCUGGUGGACAUAUUGGUUAUGGUGCACUCGGUUCAUCCGUCGUUCGUGCUGCUCCAUUAAAUCCACAUUUCUAUGGUCCUGUUGCAGCUCAAGUUGCACAUUUACCCAACCAUAGUCAAGAGUCAACAGCUGUUCGUAAUGCUUUCCCUCCAAAUGCACCAACAGUCUAUUCGUCUGGCGAAUCGUUUCUUCCACCUCGUCGACCAACGGAUAUCCGUGCACAUUACACAUCUAACCCAGUUAUAGAUAAUCAAUCCAUGGAUGUCAAUCCAGUACCAUCAAAUACUUAUUAUGCCGCUGAUCCAAGUCCAGUUGGUUACGCCAAUUUACAACCUAACAUUGCUCCGAGUGUUUGCGAUGUUAAAGGAUGUGUACGUCAAGCAACAUAUUGA